AUGACCACCGACCGCAAGCCCCUCAUAUUGAAUGCCUUUGAGAUCGGCGCCCUGGGUCUCCAGGCCCCCGGUCUCUGGACCCACCCCGACGACCACUCACGUGACUACAACAAGAUCGAGUACUGGACGAACUUGGCCCAGUUGUUGGAAAAGGGGAAAUUCAACGGGUUAUUUAUCGCCGACGUGUUAGGCCCCUACGACGUCUACAACGGCCCCCACAAUUUCACGGCGGCGGCGUCGCUGGGGGCGCAAUUCCCCAUCAACGAGCCUAGUGCCGUGGUGUCGGCGAUGGCGGCAGUCACCAAGCACUUAACCUUCGGGAUCACCUUCUCCACCAUUUCCGAACAGCCGUACCACUUCGCUCGUCGCUUGGCCACGUUGGACCACUUGACCAACGGCCGGGUGGGGUGGAACGUGGUCACCUCGUACUUGGACCUGGCGGCGCGCAACUUGAUCCCCGAAGGCGAAUUGCCCCCGAGAGAAAAGCGCUACCAAAGGGCCGAAGAGUACUUGCAAGUGAUCUACAAGUUGCUUGUGAGCUCGUGGCGGGACGACGCCGUGGUGGUGAAGAACCGGGUGUUCACUGACCCCACCAGAGUGCGCGAAAUCAACCACGAGGGCGAGUACUUCAAAGUGCCGGGUCCCGCCAUCACCGAGCCUCUGCCGCAAAGAUUACCCGUGAUUUUACAAGCCGGGGCGUCUAAGGAGGGGAUCGAUUUUGCUGCUCGUAAUGCCGAGAUUGUUUUCCUCACUAACUUCACUCCCGAAAGUUUAGGGGCUAAGAUCGAAGAGAUUAAGCAAGUGGCCGCUAAGUACGGCAGACAGGACGAUAUCAAGUUCUUGCAACUCAUCACCAUUGUCGUCGCGCCCACCCACGAGGAGGCCGAGAAAAAGUACAAGGACUACAAGGCGCACGGCGACCUCGAAGGGGCCCAGGCGCUUUUCUCGGGGUGGACCGGGAUCGACAUUGGCCAGUUCGGUGAAGACGAAGAGUUGAGAGACACCGGCUCCAACGCCGUCAAGGGUUUUGUUGACAACUGGACCAAGUUGGGUCCCGGCGAGUCGCCCGAUAUCAAGAAGACGCGUAAGUACGUCGCCGACCAAAUCACUGUGGGUGGUAUUGGUCCCGUGUUCUGGGGUACCCCCACCGAAGUCGCCGACGAGAUUGAGCGCUGGGUCGACAUUUCCAAGGUCGACGGGUUCAACAUCACCUACGCGGUGUCCCCCGGCUCGUUUGAGGACGUGGUCAACUACGUGAUCCCUGAAUUGCAGAAGCGUAAAUUGGUGUGGGAAGAGUACCCCGAAAAGCCUACGACCUACCGCGAACAAGUUUUCGGGGCGGAGUUCGUCAACGAGCACCACCCGGCACACAAGCUCAGAUGGACGCCUCAGUACACCAAAGAGGAGUUCGACGCCAAGCUCGCCGCAGACUCCCAGUAG